ACGGCUUAUCGCUUUCUCUCUAGCUCAGCAACGUCUGCUGUUGGUGUGGAUGUACUGAGGUAGACAAGUACCAAGUUAGCUACAUGGAAUCACUUUUAAGAUUUCGCUGAAAUUUAACCUUCAACAGUAUUGCCAGAAGUUUUGCAACAAAAAGGCAGGCAGAAUGUCGGCAAGUGCGGUGUAUGUUUUGGAUUUAAAGGGCAAGGUCCUCAUCUGCCGCAACUACAGGGGUGAUGUUGACAUGUCUGAGAUUGAGCACUUCAUGCCCAUCCUUAUGGACAAGGAAGAGGAGGGCACCCUGUCCCCAAUCUUGGCCCACGGAGGAGUCCGGUUCAUGUGGAUCAAGCACAACAACCUGUACCUCGUCGCUACAUCCAAGAAAAAUGCUUGUGUCUCCUUGGUUUUCUCCUUCCUAUAUAAAAUAAUCCAGGUGUUCUCAGAAUACUUCAAAGAGCUGGAGGAGGAGAGUAUCAGGGACAACUUUGUCAUCAUCUAUGAGCUGAUGGAUGAGCUAAUGGAUUUUGGCUACCCUCAGACCACAGACAGCAAGAUCCUACAGGAGUACAUCACUCAAGAGGGGCACAAGCUGGACACAGGAGCCCCACGCCCCCCUGCCACCGUUACCAAUGCUGUGUCAUGGAGGUCAGAGGGCAUCAAGUACAGGAAGAAUGAGGUCUUCCUGGACGUCAUUGAGUCAGUCAAUCUUCUGGUGAGUGCCAACGGGAACGUGCUGCGCAGCGAGAUCGUUGGCUCCAUUAAGAUGCGUGUGUUUUUGUCUGGAAUGCCUGAACUGCGCCUGGGCCUGAAUGACAAGGUUCUGUUCGAGAACACUGGCCGAGGGAAGAGCAAGUCUGUGGAGCUGGAAGAUGUGAAGUUUCACCAGUGUGUGCGCCUGUCCCGUUUCGAGAAUGACCGCACAAUCUCCUUCAUUCCACCUGAUGGAGAGUUUGAGCUCAUGUCCUACCGUCUCAACACGCAUGUGAAGCCAUUGAUCUGGAUUGAGUCUGUCAUCGAGAAACACUCGCACAGCAGAAUUGAGUACAUGAUUAAGGCUAAAAGCCAGUUCAAAAGGAGGUCGACAGCCAACAAUGUGGAGAUACACAUUCCAGUCCCCACUGAUGCUGACUCACCCAAGUUCAAGACCACAGUGGGCAGUGUGAAGUGGAUACCGGAGAACAGUGAGAUCGUCUGGUCAAUUAAAUCAUUCCCGGGAGGGAAGGAGUACCUGAUGCGGGCGCAUUUUGGACUGCCCAGUGUCGAGGCUGAGGACAAGGAAGGAAAGCCACCCAUCAGUGUGAAGUUUGAAAUCCCUUACUUCACUACCUCUGGUAUCCAGGUGCGCUAUCUGAAGAUCAUUGAGAAAAGUGGCUACCAGGCCUUGCCAUGGGUUCGCUACAUCACACAGAAUGGAGAUUACCAGCUGAGAACCCAAUAGAAGAAGCAUCAGUAAUAGUUUGCCUAUCCAGUGGCACUGGCUUCUGCCUCUGAUGUAAAUCUUAAAGAAGUAUUUGUUGUGUUUAUGUCAAGAGCAAUGUGGAAUUAACCUCACAGAUCCCAUAUGUAACUGAAGUGUACAAAUAUAUUUCCUACAGUAUUCACAACUCCAACCUGGGUUACAGAUUGUGCCACUUUUGCAGCUUUGAGAUAGAAGAAAACCUCAAAAACCAAAUGAAUGCAAAACAUUUCUUAUUAUUCAAAGGGUUAGAAGUGAUUUUCUCAUAUUUCAUUCAUCUUUCACAAGAAAUUAAUUUUGAAUAUUUUUUUCAUGUUAUGCAGAUUUUUUUAUUCCCCAGUUAAACUGGGAAAAUUUAUGAAGGUACAGGUCAUUAAUAGGUCAAUUUCAAGUGCAGAUCUUGUAGUAUGUUCAUGUGACAUGUUACUCAGAAUGUAGCAGAAUGCAGUGUGAGGUGAAUGCAGUGAGGUGAGUGUAUGUGUGGAUUAGCACAAUAGCACUUCAUGUCUAUGAGGAUGUAUAAGGUACUGUUUCCAUCAGUUAUAUUCUUUCAGUUAUUUAACUGAGGCAGACAAGUAACUGACAGAGUUCAUGGCCAACAGCUUAUGACCAACAACAGUGUUUGUCAUUUCCCCUCAAAGUGUUCUUGUGAUUUUCAUGCUUAUGUUUUAAAGGCUGUCUUUGACAAACAGCUGUGUUAAUGGUAGGGAGCCUGUAUGACAUACAUCCACAUAAUCACUUAGUGUAGGAAAAUAAAUGAAACAGACAAAUACCACUCAUACAGGCUGUCCUCUACUCUGAACAUAUUAAUGUUAUGCUGGUAAACCUGCAGGCAUAUCAUACUUGCUGAAGGACAUUUUAAUUACACGAAGAAGUGACAGAUUGGGAAGUUAAUGAUGGAGCAUUCAUUUAGAAGGCAGUAUUUUUUUCCCCUUUUGGUCAGUAAGUCAGACAUGAAGGAAUGAUGGGGAUUCUCAAUAACCACAUAUACUUUACAAUUUACCACAACUAUUUUGAGAAUUUAUUUGCCAUCUUUUCCUUUUUUUACUGAAAUUGUGUGAUACUGUCAUAUUUUUGCAUUUUUUUAAAUCAGCUCAGUGUCAAAACGGUGUUAAUGAGCUUAGUCCACACUGUAGAAAUUAUACACGUAAAGCCAUUACAUGAAAAUAAAUGUACGUGAGUGGAUCUCUAGUAUGAGAGCUACUUACAAGUUCCAUAUGUUGUAUGCUGAAGGAGCAUCAUUUUGGCCAGGGAGAGUAUUUUAUGUGUCAACUGUUUUAAUUUAGACUUAUAAUGGACUAUGUAUGGACUGUGGUUUUCCAGCUGAGUCACUCAGAAUCUUUAGUCUCUGACUAGAGUCAUAAGCAGACGUAUCAUUAAGUCGACUUACACAUCCGAACACGCUCUCAACCCAUAUGUCUAAAAUGGCACCACUAAAAGAAAAACAAAAGGUUGACUUUACUGGAAAGUUCAGAUACCAUGCCAUUCUUUUGCAGUUUCCUUCAUAUUGAUCCCAUGAGUUGGAUAUUUGCACUGUCCUUCAAAAAUGUGACUUGGUGCAGAGCAGUGUUAGCUGUAUCAACUGAAGUGUUGACUGAUAUCAUCUCGAAACGAGCUGCCAAAACUUGUCUUUGUUUAGAAUAGUUUGUAACACUGAAAAGAAGGGAGAGCACCCACAGAUACUUAAAAAAGUAAUCAGUCUGUUACCAUGGUAUCCAUUUUAAUCUUUCCAAAAAGAAUGGGCUGUGUUUACUUGUAUGUGGCCUAUACAUUUGUAGCUUAAGCCAUUAUUAAUGUACUUCUUAGUGAAAAAUUUGUAGGAGGCAAACGGGGAAAUCCCUUUGGCAUCCCCAGGACAGCAAUGUAAUUUUCUUGCCUGUAUCAUCUUGAUUACUGUCAGAAUCAUUAAAAACCAAGUAUCCGUUUGGAACAUACACAUUUCAU